AUGUCGAAGAAGGCGGAGAGCAGCCCGCCGAAGGCCCUAAUUUUAAAUGGGGGCGAGGACUUUGUGGGCAAAUCCCGGCCGGCAGUCGAGCUUUCCAGGGCCUUGCAAAAGACUAUGCUGAGAUUGAAGGGAGAAUGUAUGGAUGAGGAUGGGAAGAAGAUUCACUAUGAUCAGCUCACAGCCUUUCCAGUUUUCUCAGAGUACAAGAAAUUGGCAUUGGAACUACAGAAAACAAGCCUGGAGGGGAUGUCCGAGGAUGAGAGGAAGGUCUUCUUCAUCAAUGUAUACAAUGCACUGACUAUUCAUGGCCUGGCUGAUAUGACAGAGAAGGGAGGGGAAAUCCCAUCCUCAGUGUUGGAUAUCCAGCAGUUCUGGAUGAGGGUGUCGUACAAGAUAGCGGGUAUGGUGUACUCCCUGGAUGACAUAGAGCAUGGAAUUCUCAGAGCCAAUCGCCCUCACCCUUCAUCAACAACACCUCCAUUUGGUAAAGACGAUCCCAGAUUGAAGUUUUCUUUAAGUAAACUUGAUCCCAGAGUCCAUUUUGCUCUAGUCUGUGGUGCCAAGUCUUGCCCAGCUAUAAAUGUGUAUUCAGCCAGUAACCUGGAUGCUGCACUCACCGCAGCCACCAAGAACUUCUGUAGGCAGGAGGUGAUGAUGAUCCUGGAAACAGAGGAAAUCUGGCUGUCCAAGAUCUUCCAGUGGUACAGCAGUGACUUUGGCUUUACCGAUAUAGAUGUCAUCAGGUGGACGAUCCCGUACCUAGAUGAAGAUCAGCAGGAGAAGGGAGAGUUGCUAUUGUACAAGUUAGAGUCAUUGGGGAAGGUAGACAUCAAGUACAACCCCUAUGACUGGAGCCUGAACAAAAGCUGAUUGACGCAUAUCCUAUCUGACCGGCCUGGGCUCUCCUCUAUAUGCAAGUCUGCAGAUCUUGCCACAAGCACCCUCUGGCAUUUACGCACUUCCAUAAGUAUUUAACUUAAUAUGCAUUUACAUUCACCUUUAUUUUAAAGCAUGUGUAUGAACUGAACAUCCUGUCAGUGAAUAUAUAUUCGGAGGUUGUUAAGAGUUAGCUCCCUGAUAAUGUUGUGUUUCUUUGACAUUGGCGGUAAAACUAUUGGGUUGCUCAAUUAAAUGGAGGGGUAAUGUCGAAGUCUAUCAAAUAACAAGCCAUGUCACGUAGGUGGCGGUAAAUUUUAACAUAAAAACUGUUAUUUAAACCUUAGCGCCAUCUGGUAGCUGGAAGGGCAGACAGGCAAUGUGAUGGUUAUUUGAUAGGCUCUGAGUGUGAGUCGUGUUUUCAGAUGUUUUCUACCUCCUAUUUUAAAGAACUCUAACAGCUUACCCAGCCUCUGCAUUGUUGACAUGGUUUCAUGUGCAAGCGUUGGUGUUCACAGUAGUUUUCUGUACUUCAUGCCAUUGUGGCUGUAGUAUACCAGCUGCUUGUUACGUACUGUGUCAGUAGCCUAUAUUUUUCAGAUACUAUAAGUAAUGUAGGCUUUAAAGGCUGCUGCAUAUCUUUAUGAUUCUGUUACAGUGAAAGUACCUACUGCCAUUAAGUCCUAACAUCUAUUGACAACCUGCCUUUCAGAUUCCCCAUGCUGAUUUGUCACAUGCUUAACUGUGCAGGAGACAACUCUAGCAGCUUCUUUAUAUCGUCUUAUCAUGUGAUAAGCAUAGGUUCAGUGAAUGGUGAGUUUUACAGAACUCAUGAUGGUAGUCAGUCAAAAUAUUUUCAAAAGUUAGAAUUAGAGUGCUUUUGCUGCAUUCUGGGUUUUCACCUCUUUAUAUUUAACGAAGAUCGUUAGCCUGAUUCAGUGAUUUGAGUCCGGGUGAAGUAUGGCUUGCUGCAGAUGUCGCUAGAUAUAAAUACAACUGUUAACCCAGUGUCUCCAAUCCUCCUAUUUUCGUACUGGUUCUUCAUACUAUCUGCUCAAUAACCUGUCCAUAUUUGGUUGGGUCCAGUUGUUGCAGUUUUGAAACAAAUUGUAUUAAAUGUUUAUCAUUUGGUUGUGUUACAAAAGUACCAUCUUUCUUCUGAUGUGAUUGUUUUCAAAAUCUAUCAGUCACAGUUUUAGUAGUAUUUAAAUGUUUUUUUAGUCUGUUGUGCAAUAUUUGGUUUUAUAGCACAAAAUUAUAUUGAAGUACAAAACUUUGUACUUCUUUGGUAUGUAGCCAUAACUCUUACUUUUAGAGCAAUAGCACAUCUGUGAAAGUUCAUAAAUCAGGAUUAAAUAUUGCUACAUACACCUCUUCCAUACUUAAGGUUUUCCUAUGUCUAGGUGGACAAAAUAAUAAAAAAACCCCAAAACAUAUGGUUUACACACUACAAAUUUAUCUUUGUGCUACAAGCUCAUAAAGGCUUUAGACACUGGUCAUUAUUGUGGAAUUAGGAUCAUUUCAGUUAACCGAGAGACUGGGUGAUAUGAGAUGCAGUCCUUUUUGGUCUCGAUUUGUGAUUAAGAGUUAUAACAUGCUAUGUUACUCCAACUUCAAUACCAAGUGACACUUUGAAUGACCAUGUUUGCCUUUGGUGCUGUCUCAAUAUUUGUUAUAUACAUAUGUAUACUUGAGUGUUCUAUCUUUUAUACAAGUUUUUGUUGAUGGGAAUCUUGAUGGUAAUGCAUGUAUAUUCUUGAAAUGUUCAGGUUUUUCAGUAUUUAUGGUGUUCAUGUAGUUUAUAAAUUCUUAUUGUGAUCACUAUUCCUUUGGAUCUUUUUAUGAAAGGAACAUUUCCAUUUUAUAAUUCUGGAACAGUUUGUAUAAAUGUCCUGUCUUUCAGUGGAUAUUGUGUAUAUGAAGGUCAUAUUUCAGAAAAGCGUUAGGCAACACAUAUGCAUUGAACUGGCAUAUCGAAUUGAUUGUGGAUUACUUUGACUUUAAAAUUCAUGAAGAAGAAUGAAGAGGAAAAGUUUCCAUCUAUUGUUUUGAGUUUUUAUGAAACAGAUGCUUUGUAAACCUCUGGUUCCAGGCUUCAUGCUAGUUGGUCAUGAGUUGCGCCCACCAUAAUGCUGGAUGUCUUGGUAUAAGUGAAAUAUUGUUGAGUACGCAAUAAAAGUCCAUCAAAUAAAUAAAUAGUUUCUUUUCAAGGCAUUGUUUUUGCUAUUGUACAUUUUAUGUUCUUUUUAUAUUAUCAGAUUAGUGUCGUCAAAGUCCAAGUGUUAAGAUAUUCUGUGUAGAAGACAUAGAAUCAGUUGCAUAUACUGUAAAGUGUAAGCCAUAUAAAGAUGAUUCAUUAUGCAUUGCGAUCACUAAUAGUUAAAGCAAAUUAUAUAAAACUACCUCUUGUUGUGAGCAGAUUAUUUAUUUAUUUAUGUUUGAAAGAAACUUCAUGAAAUAAAAUUAAUGUAGAUUUUCUAUCAGACAGAUGUGAUAUUUGCGUUUCGAUGCGUUUCAGUUGUCAGUCAUACCCAUGGGCGUGGUUCCUUAGGUCUUCUUAAAAUUUUCACAUUAUACUUGAAAGAUGGUGCAUAAAUGUUAAUUAAGAUUUUAAAUUAAUUGUUCUUUUAAUGUUAAGACUAUAAAGGCUCAACUGUUGGAAUAGCUCAACUUAUUUUUGAUUGUUAGGCUUCAAAAUCUGAAAGUCUGUUGUUCUUGCUCAGCUUAUUUAAGUUCCUGUCUUUUUUUUUUUUGUUUUGCUGAUUCAUAGAAAACCCAUUAGUGAGAGAUUUGUGUGUAAAACUGUUACACUGGUACUGGUUAAGGAAUGCAUGAAAAGUGCAAUGGCCAUUGAAUCCUACAGAAAACCGUAAAAGGUGGCUAUUAUUAAUUAACGUCCUGUAUCCAACAAUUUUUAAAACAAAAGCCAACAAAAAUCAGAUGAUUAAGAUUUCUCCGCCAAUGAAGGAUGGGGCUAGUUUCACAAAGCACUUCUAGAAAUAUGGGCAUGUAUUACAAUUUAUCAUAGUGAUGAGCACCUGAAGCUAUGAAAGCUUAGCUACAGUCUGCUACUCAGACAGAACCAAAAAAAAAAAAAAAAUCCAAAAUUGCCAAAUUUGAUUGUUUGAAAUGUUAUACUUGUGAAAGUGACAAUCUGCAAGGUCAUGCAUUCUCUCUUCAACCUGCCUCUAGGCUUACAUGUGAAAUACUUCAAUCAAGUACAAAUUAUAUAGCGUUUCAAAAUUUGCCAAAAGCCGAUAUUGUUUAUAGUAGUUAAUUAUGUUCAUGCAUUUACACGGUAUAUUGUGCGCUGAUGUGAAAAUUUGUGAGGCCUCUUAUAUAGUAUAGUUAAGGAAUUUUUGUUUAUCAAAACUGUUCAGUAUGUACAACAGUUCCCAUAUUACUGGAUGUUAACAGUGCCAUACAUGGUUUUACCAUAGCCGAGAAGUAACUGGAGGUCAACCAGAAAGACUCUCAAGUUAUUAUGCAUUGACUGCAGAGAGCCAUUGGGAUGGUUAUAGUUUGUUAAAUUUUAUCAUUUAUACAAAUCUGUGUGUGCAACUGUGAUGUUCAAUAACAGCACCAUUCUUUUAUGAGCUACAUUUUUCACUCUGGCAACUGUUUGCUUUGGAGAGUCAUUUCCAUACUAGAUGUACUUUAAGAAAUCAAAUAAAAAAUUCAAGGA